AUGGCUGAAGAAGAAAAAAGAGGCAUUGUGUUUAUCACAAGCAAAGUGUACGAACAAGCCGUUGGUGCAUUAGAUAUUUAUCGUUGCAUCACACUCGUUGGACCUUCUGGGUGUGGGAAAACUCUCACUGCUCUCCAGCUUGCUUCGCGAAAAUGCGAAAAAGAUGGAGGUUCGAAGCUGUACUUUCGUCAGACAUUAGAAGAGAUCUUGGCAAUAGCCAAAAACGAUAUUAAUGCUUAUAUUAUUGUAGAUGAUUGGAUAGACAAAUAUUUGUAUUUUCCAUCGACACUAUAUCCAGCGAUAGAUUGUCUGAAUAAAACAUAUGUGAAGUACAUAAAGGAUACAAAGAUACACCUCAUUUUAACAGCUCAAGAAGAUAAAUGGAAUAGAAUCAGAAGUCUCCUUAACGCUUGUUGUUUGUUUAAUGAACCGCAUCUGUUGACAAUAAAUUCUAAAAUAUUUAGUCAAAAGGGAAAACGAAAUAUGGUCCUUCGUCAUUUUGAAUGUUUCGAUAUUGAAGAAAAAGAAGAUAGUGUUGAUGAGGAAACUAGUAAUUUAAUGAAGAGAACGACAUUUGUUCAGAAAGGUACAGUAGAUAACAUUGUAAUGAAUAUUAAAGAAGAACAGGAAUUUUCUUUCCCACUUGUAGUGGAUUUGAUUUGUAAUAAUAUACGUUUACUGAGAACAUUGGAUUGCGUUUUUAAAUAUGGAUUCGAGGAAACUUUAACAAAAUAUUUUGACACAUGGUCAAAUGACACAUAUAUCAAGGAAAAAAGAAGUUUUUGUAUUCUUGUAUUUGCUGCACUUCUUGGUGGAGAAAUUUCUCCAAGAGACCUUUCAGCUCAAAAAACUGGUGCUAUGUAUAAAAGAAUUUGCAGAGAGUAUGCAUGUCAAUCAAAUGCAAAUAUAAGUGUACAGAAAGAAACUGACGGUAAUGAAUUAAUCGAGCAACAGAGUGAAUUAUUUGAGACUAACUUGCGAUUAAAAAGUUGCUUGUACCGAAGCAGCAAAGGACAGGGUUGUCCUUGUUUUGUUUUUCAACACAGUUCACUGGUUAGAUUUGUACUUUUGUACAUAAAAAAGAGGAAAGGCGAGAGCUUUAUUAUUAAAAAUGCUACAAUUGAAGUUCUUUUGAAUAAAUGUUGGUUAGAAGUACCAUUUGCUGACAAAAUUGUCAACAGAAAGAAGUACACAUCACUGAAAUCACUUGAGGGAUCAGUAAUUUUUUCAAAGAAAUAUUUUUUGCCACUAGCAGAGAGGAUUUUAUCAGAAAUGCAAAAUGGAGAGUGCAUACCGGAAUGGGAUAAACACGUCUUUUUAAGUAAUGAAAAAUUUCUUAAAGUAUGGAAUAGCAUCGACACGUCACAUGUCAAGGAUAUAGUGUAA